AUGUCCGACAUUCCCUCCGAACUCUUCCGCAAAAUACUCCUCCGAGUUCCCGCCGAUUCUCUCCUCCGCUUCAGCACCGUGUGCAAGGCGUGGCGCGCAAUCAUCGGCGAUGCUUCCUUCAUCAGAUCCCACGCCACCAACCAAUCCUCCUCCACCACUCUCGUCAUCGCAAACUCAACCGGCACUCGCCUCUUCUCUUUAUCCCCCGACUCCCUCGACUACAACAACGAUGCCCACCAAGUGAUCGACGUAAUGCCUCUGAGGACAUUAUACCGCACAUGCGUCCCUCGCUUACCUGCUUUGCCGGUUGCCUCCUGCAAUGGCCUGAUGCUGCUUUCGCACUACGACGUGGAUAAAAUUUGGGCAGUAUUCAACCCGGUAAUGCAAGAUUUCCACGAGGUGUCGGAAUUCGAUCACGAUUCACGAUUGAUCGGGACUGGGCUUGGGUAUUGCUCGGCCUCCGACGACUACAAAGUUGUCAGGAUAGACGAAAUUCUUCGCCACGGUAAAAUUGUGUACCGGACUUGCAUUUAUAGCUUGCGAUCGGGUUUUUGGAAGGUGAUUAACGACUGCCCUAGUGAUUUCCCAUGGCUUAGCCCCGGGGUUUAUCUGAAUGGAGCAUUGUACUGGAGAUCAUGGGAUUUCGUAAUUGCUCUCGAUCUCAAAACCGAGAAUUACGACAAACUUCCUCUGCCUCCCGAUUUAGGGAAACCUUUCGAAACGCGCGUCGAUGCUUUGGGUGGAUGCUUAAUUCUGAGCUGCUACUACAUGAUGAAUCGCAUCGAUGGAUGGAUGAUGAAAGAUUGUGAGUGGGUAAAGUUGUUUACAUUUGGGGAAGGAUAUGGUAGUGGUACUAGGUGGAAUCUCAGACCUGUUGCUUAUUUUAAGAGCAAAGGGCAGGUUUUUCUGCUGCACGAUAGCGGGUUUUUUAUGUUGGAUAUCGAGAGAAAUCUUGCGAAGAAUGUUACCAUUGAUGGGCUUCCGGAAUUUUUCUCUUGUCAAUUUUUCCCAGGAAGUAUUCUUCCGCUCGAUGAAAGUUAUGCCGUUGAAGUGAAAAGUAGUGCCGGAACGAAGAGGAAGAGGAAGAAGAAGACGGCUAAUAAGGUGAAACUUACUCAAAAUCUUAGGUUUAAGCAUGAUGUGACAAUCACCGAUGUUUUGCCCCGUUCAGAUCCAAUUUGGUCGAGUGAGGAUGAUGUUUAG